AUGACUACUACUCACCUCGACGCUUCCGAAGUCGACAGUUAUGACUACCUUGUCGUGGGUGGUGGCACAGCGGGCUGUGUCAUUGCCUCGCGUCUGGCAGAGUAUCUGCCUCACAAGAAGAUCCUCCUGAUCGAAGCAGGACCCAGUGAUUUCAUGGACGACAGAGUCCUGGAUCUUAAGCAAUGGCUCAAUUUGCUCGGUGGAGAACUCGACUAUGAUUAUGGCACCACAGAGCAGCCCAUGGGUAACUCCCAUAUUCGACACUCUCGUGCCAAAGUUCUAGGUGGCUGCUCCAGCCAUAACACACUGAUUUCUUUCCGGCCAUUCGAGUAUGACUGCAAAAUCUGGGAGUCCCUGGGCGCCAAAGGCUGGACGUUCCCUACCUUCAUGCGCGUGCUCAACAAGCUCCGCAACACGGUGCAACCUGUCCACUCCCGCCACCGCAAUCAGCUGUGCAAAGAUUGGGUCGAAUCUUGCAGCACGGCCAUGAACAUUCCCGUGGUGCACGACUUCAACAAGCAGAUCUCGAGCACCGGGUCUCUCAAGGAAUGCGUCGGCUUCUUCUCCGUUUCCUACAACCCAGACGACGGACGACGUUCAUCUGCCAGCGUAGCGUACAUCCACCCCAUCCUCCGCGGUGAGGAAGACCGCCCGAACCUCAAGAUCCUCACCAACGCAUGGGUCUCCCGAAUCAAUGUCUCCGGAGACAAAGUCACCGGCAUCGAUCUGACCCUCCAGUCAGGGACCAAUCUGACUCUGACUGCAAAGACCGAAACGAUCUUGUGUGCCGGUGCAGUCGACACGCCCAGACUCAUGCUCCUGUCAGGCCUUGGACCGGCCUCGGACCUCCAAUCUCUGCAUAUUCCAGUGGUCAAGGACAUUCCCGGCGUCGGUGAGAAUCUUCUGGACCACCCGGAAACAAUCAUCAUAUGGGAGCUGAAUCAACCCGUCCCACCAAACCAGACGACCAUGGACUCGGACGCCGGCAUCUUCCUCCGUCGCGAGGCUCCCAACGCCGCGGGCGCCAAACCCAUCCCGACAAACCCGCAAGCCCUUCCGGAUGGGGACAUUGCAGACGUCAUGAUGCACUGCUACCAGAUCCCCUUCUGCCUCAACACGACACGCUUGGGCUACGACACGCCCAUCGACGCGUUCUGCAUGACGCCCAACAUCCCCCGUCCCCGGUCGCGCGGGAAGCUGUACCUGACCUCGUCGGACCCGAGCGUCAAGCCGGCGCUCGACUUCCGAUACUUCACCGACCCCGAGGGCUACGACGCGGCCACGUUCGUGUUCGGGCUCAAGGCGGCGCGCAAGAUCGCCAAACAGGCCCCGUUCAAGGACUGGAUCAAGCGCGAGGUCGCGCCCGGCCCGAAACUGCAGACCGACGAGGAGCUGAGCGAGUACGCCAGACGCGUCGCGCACACCGUCUACCAUCCCGCCGGCACGACGAAGAUGGGCGACGUCAAGAACGACCCCCUCGCCGUCGUCGACGAGAAGUUGAACGUCCGGGGUCUGAAGGGCCUGAGGAUCGCGGAUGCCGGCGUCUUCCCCGCCAUGACCACCAUCAAUCCCAUGUUGACCGUGCUCGCCGUCGGUGAGAGGUGUGCUGAAAUCGUCGCGCAAGAGGCAGGCUGGAAGGGCGACGGAGCCGUGAGGGCCAUGCUGUAA